AUGGCCAAAGGCGAUGAAUUUUUAUCGUUGACUCAUUUUGCCAUCGAGCCGGGUCUAAAACUCGCUCAAAAAUUGGUCGGUUAUUUUUGGGUGAAAAUCAACCGCGACUCACGGUCGAUGCCGAUGAGUCUCUGUGGUUGUCACUUUGGCUAUGAUAUAAGUCUCAAAAACCUCAAACCAGCAAUUAUAGUUUCUCUACAGAUUGUUUCACGCUUGUUCACACCGGCCCUUCCAAGAACUCGAAAACUCGCAUGCCCCGGGUCUAAUAAUGCUAAAAAAUUGGUCGGCCAUUUUUGGACGAAAAUCAACCGCGACUCACGGUCGAUGCCGAUGAGUCUCCGUGGUUGUCACUUUGGCUGUGAUGUAGGUCUCAAAAACCUCAAACUAAAUCACCCCCGAGUCAUGGCAAAAGGCGAUGAGUUUUUAUCAUUGGCUCGUUUGCCAUCGAGCCGGCCGGGUCUAAAACGUCCGAAAACAAGGUCGCCCAUUUUUGGGCAAAAAUCAACCUCGGCUCACGGUCGAGCCCGAUGUCUCGUGGUUGUCACUUUGGCUAUGAUGUCUAAAAGUUCUGAAAGCUCGGGUCGCCCAUUUUUGGGCGAAAAUCAACCUCGGCUCACGGUCGAGCCCGAUGAGUCUCGUGGUUGUCACUUUGGCUAUGAUGCGAUGCGUUUUUUUCGUUGGCUCGUUUUCCAUCGAACCGGGUCUAAAACUCGCUCAAAACUAAAUCGGCCAUUUUUGGGCGAACAUCAACCUCGGCUCACGGUCGAGGUCAAGGCCAAAGGCAAUGAGUUUUUAUCGUUGGCUCGUUUUGCCAUCAAACUGGGUCUAAAAUUGCUCAAAACUUGGUCGGCCAUUUUUGGGCGAAACAUCAACCUCGACUCACAGUCGAGGCCGAUGAGUCUCUGUGGUUGUCACAUUGGCUUUGAUGUGAUGAGUUUUUAUCAUUCGCUCGUUUGCCAUCGAACUGGGUCUAAAACGUCUCGAAAACAUGGUCGCCCAUUUUUGGGCGAAAAUCAACCUCGGCUCACGGUCGAGGCCGAUGAGUCUCGUGGUUGUCACUUUGGCUAUGAUUCAUUUUUUUGCAAGAAUCACCCCCAAGUCAUUGCCAUAGGCGAUGCGUUUUUAUCGUUGGCUCGUUUUCCAUCGAACCGGGUCUAA